UCUAAUCAUGUUCUGACAGGAAGGACUGCCGCCCACGAGGCCGCGCUCCUGGGAUGUUCCGCCGUUGCAGCAGUCAUUGACGAUAAGCUGGCAGAGUGUUCGAGGUGUCCCAAUCGCUGUGUGAGAUGUCCUGUUGGGACAAUGGACUACGUCGACAGGUUAGGACUACAGGGAGGUCAUCGCAGUCUGCCCUCUGGUGUGGUGGGCAAUACAACCCGGCUACCCUGCCCUGCUUCCGGUUAUGUCACCUGGACUUGUUCUGAGAACGGCAGCUGGGUACGCAGUGAAUUAAGCACUUGCUUAGAUGUCGCUACCACCUCCAUCGAAUUGACUACUGACUCUACUGACUUUCCUCCCGACUCUAGGGAACUUUCUACCUCCACUAACCCAUUUCCUACCGACUCUAGUGUACUUUUUACCUCCACUGACCUAUAUGCCACAGAAACGAGCUCAUUUUCUUCCGACACCACACCGUCUCCUAGUAGUGACACAGACACAACACCCACAGACUCUUCCUCAGUCUCCUUAGUUGACUCAAACACUUUUACUUCCUCAAAUUCCACUAGCUUGACCACCCCUGAGACCUCUUCCGUUUCCAAUAUCACUCCUGCCACCUACUCCUUCACUCCCUCGACCGACAUUACGACAGAGGAUGAUGAUACUUCAAUAUACCCAG